GAUAAAAUCAUCUAUGUUUUUUAUCUUGUCGGAAUGAUGGCAAACGACAAUGAUUGGAAGUCGAAAGUGGGCUUCACGAUCAACUACGACAGUUCAGAAGAAGACCCGGACAUUAAAGACGUGGUAAUGCGUUACCGGCACUCAGACUAUCUUCUGGAGGACGGUGGUGAUGGCGCCGAAGCUGACCUUCUCGGGACCACACCUCCCCGGCAGAGGCAGAGAGAGAAUUUACAAAAAAUUAGAAAUAAAUCCGGAGCCACAAGAUUCGUCCAAGGAAGCAAUGCUCCCCGAGUGACCAGUUCUGUGGGGAAAAACAAGAAAUAUGUGAACAGAGUAAAGUCACGGAACAGUCGAGACGACAUGAUGACGGACGACAGGACUGAGUCCCUGCCGUACGGCGCGGACGGCGAGAGGGGGGUGCCCACUUUGGUGGAGUCCUGCAGCCGUUUCAUGUCUCUGACGUCACGGCUCAAAUGCCGCGAGGUGCCGCCGCGCUCGCCCUCGCCCGAACCGGUGGUGGAGCGCCGCUGGCAGCCCGGCAGCGACGCUCCUCCGGCCACCAGGGUCACCUUCCACAAGAUCUUCAGCACGCUCAUCAACAUGGGCAAUAUUGAGAAGGGAUGCCGGCGAACUAUCAGUCGCGAAGAGCAAGUGUGGCAGAACGAACUGAAGGACCUGAUUUGGCUGGAGCUGCAAGCGAAGCUGGCGGGGCGCACCCUCGCGCAGCAGGACGCCUUCCUCUGCGUGCAGCGCAAGAUUGUGCCCACCAUCGUGCAGAACAUACGCAACUACCGGUUUGUGAACCCGAACCCUUGCCGUGCGCGGACCCGUCGUUUGUGCGUCAACGGGUCCAGAGAAGACCUGGACGCGGACAAUGACGAAACAACGGGAGAGAAACAAGAGACUGAAGACGACGAUGGUACGUUAAGUACUCAAACGAGCAUAGAGCUCCUGUUGUCCGGCGAAAAGCCGCCCGAGGAGGUCCCGAGCCGACCGCUCUUGGAGAAUAGGAUAAGCGAGGAGGAGAAGCAGUGGGCCGUCGCCGCGGCCAGGGCUGUGGUGGAGUUCGCCAGGUGCUGGAUGCAGUUCGUGGUCGAGCGCUGCGACAAGGGGCGGGGACUGAGGCCCAGGUGGGCCAGCCAAGGCUUGGAAUUCCUAAUGCUGGCGUGCGACCCCUGCAACACCAAGCACCUCACGGACGCGGAAUUCGAGGAGCUGAAGAAGGAGAUGGACAGCUGCAUCUCGCACGUGAUCGGCAGCCGGCCGGCGACGGCGCGCGCUGCGGACAACGCGCCCAACUCGCCCGUGCCGCCGCUGCGCGCGCGCGCGCGGCCCAAGCCGCUGCACGCGAAGGGCGACGCGCGCGCGCCCAGCCCGCUGCGCGCGCGCAGCGCCGUGCCGUCGCCGCCCACGCCGCCCUGCGAGCCCGACCCGCUGCUGAGCUUCGAGGGGCUGGAGCCGACCGGUCACAACACCCGCAUCUUAGAAGCGAUAAAAAGCUUGGAUGAGCAACGCGACAUUAAACUGCGCGAGCUGAAGACGGUGGGCCGAGUACUCGAGUCCGUCGUCGCCAGCUACGAGCCCAAGCUGAGGCAGCUCAAGUUCAAGUGGCAGCGAGGGCUGAAGAUCGGCGCGGGCACGUUCGGCAAGGUGUACACGGUCGUGAACACCGAGAGCGGGCAGCUGCUGGCGAUGAAGGAGAUCAGCAUCGCGGCCGGCGACCGGCGCGCGCUGCAGAAGGCCGCCAACGAGCUGCGCGUGCUGGAGGGCGUCAUCCACCCGCACCUGGUGCGCUACUACGGCUGCGAGCUGCACCGCGAGGAGAUGCUGCUGUUCAUGGAGCUGUGCGUGGAGGGCUCGCUGGAGGCGCUGGUGGUGAACUCGGGCGCGCUGGCCGAGCCCACGGUGCGGCGCUACUCCAAGCAGCUGCUCAGCGCCGUGGGCGAGCUGCACGCGCGCAACAUCGCGCACCGCGACAUCAAGAGUGGCAACAUAUUCUUAACAAACGAAGGCCACUGCCUCAAGCUAGGUGACUUCGGCUGCGCGGUGAAAAUAAGGGCCAACACCACCGCCGCCGGAGAACUGCAAGGCUGUGUUGGGACGCAGGCAUACAUGGCGCCCGAAGUGUUCAUGAAGUCGUCGGGCCACGGGCGCGCAGCCGACAUCUGGUCGCUGGGCUGCGUCGUCGCGGAAAUGGCAUCAGGAAAGCGGCCGUUCUCGGAGUACGACAGCAAUUACCAGAUCAUGUUCGUGGUGGGCAUGGGCGGGCGGCCGCAGAUUCCCGAGUCGCUGUCCUCGGAGGGCCAGGACUUCUGCCUCUCGUGCCUCACGCACGAGCCCGACCAGCGCCCGAGGGCCGAGCAGCUCGGCUUGCACCACUUCCUCAUGUUGAAAGCCGACGACGACUGCGACUGCCAGCCAGCGUUUCUUAUAACAUAACUACACGGCAACUACCUCCGGAUCAAACCAAAUACGUAUUGUUAAAGCGAGUCAUAUUUAUUUAUCGGUCUGCAUACAGCACUGUGGGCUAUAACCUAAAAUCUCUACUUGGGACGUGGACAAAGGAGGAAAAUUGCCGCUUGACAUUUGUCAGACGCAGUUGCGGCAUGUAGCAUAGCUGCGAUCUGCACGAAGGCGCUGCUACUUGUCUAUUAAAUUUCGUUUACUUAUGCAACUAAUUCUUCCGUCCCAAAACGGCUCGACUCUGCGGAAUAUUCGAAAGUGGACUUUAAGUGCAAUUUAGAACAUGAAAUAAGUCACGGCGUGUGGUCGCCGCGCUGCCCGCUUGUAUAUUUUUGUACUGUUAAGUAUUACUAUAAGGAACUAUCAUUAAAAUCUCAAUAGUGCCCAUAUUAGUAAACAUUUCUUAAAGUGAUUGUAUAUACCGACUAAUUAGUCACUCGGAGCUCUGCUAGUAUUGUAAAAAACUCGCGACUCUAGACAAGACUCGAGUAUUACGAGCUUAUCAAGUUUCCGAAUAGAAUCGUGCUCGAGUCCAUUGUGUCUAAUAAACUACUUACUGAGCGGUGUUAUAGUUGUUCAGUAACUUGAACCCUUCUUUGGUUUUUGGAAGUUUACAACACCAGUUCGUGCUCCGAUGAUUCGUGUUCGACUCGGCUCAGGGGGUCUACUCUUGAUCUCCGCCCGACAUCCGUCCGAAACAAUUACUGUCAAAUAAGUAAUAUUCAACAAAAUAAAAAGACAAAUAUCAGGUAUGAAGCUUCAUUCGCAUCACGCGUCUUUUCAUUUGAUCAAGUAUUACUUAUUUAGCAGUAAUUAUCUCGGACGGAGAUCGAGACUAGACCCCUUGGACUCGUUUUUGAGUCGCGCAAACUUGAAACGACUUUGUAAAUGUCGACUCCCGGAGUCGAGUUACUUGCAACUCUAAGCACUGCUCUGUUAAUGGAUUAUAAUAAACGGUAUCUUUGAUGGUACCAUCUGUAUUGACCCAGCUUAAGUGUUGAGUGACGAUAAUUUUGACAACUCGCAAUUGGUACGUAAUCCUGUAUAUACAUUCAAGUGAUUUCAUUCAUAUACAUUGUUGUUAUUAUUAUUUCCUUAACGGCGGCCACUAGGCUUGGUUGAGCAAGUGUCAGUUUCGAAGAAUGCAGUCAGUGUUGUUUAUUUCUUGUUAAAAAGUCGUAUUUUUAUUAGAACUAGCAAAAUGACAAAAGACAAACAGAAUCAGUCGAAAAGCAAUGUUAAAGAUUUUCACUAUUUUUUAUUAUCUAUAAUUUGUUUGUUACUGAGUGAAUCAAUGAAGUCGAUCCUUUAAGACGACGCUGCUUAUUUUUAAGUCAAAAGCUAGCAACGUCUUUAACGUCAGUUUGCGAUCUCUAAAAAUCCGACCUUAUGUAACAUCAUAAUAUACAUAGAUUCUACACUUGAGAUCGAUUUAUUCCUAGAUCUUUAAAUGAGCGAAAACUAUUAUAUAAAUAAAUGUAAAUAUUUUACAAUACAGGGUGCACAGAACGUGUACCGUGAAAUUUAAACACGUACUUUACUCGUGUUAUUUUUCUAUAGCAAUCAAAUACUGGAAACUGAGAAAUUGAAGGUCACAUACAAAAUAUACUUCAGUCUUAAUUUGUGUCGUAGUGAUGAAGGGCAGGCGCUGAAUGUGACCACAUUAAUAACGAUUUCUUUACGUAAAUAGUUCAGAUUUUUUGGUGAUAGGCGACACGCCUGUCCGUAACAGUUGCAGUGCCACUCAGAAUUUUAAACCACAAAGAUCGGAAGGGCCCUGUCACUGCGCCCGUCGCCCUGAGCCAUGACUUGACAUGUCCCAAGUGCCUGUAAUUUCACCAGCACCCCUUCAAAACCGAAACGCUAUGAUGCUCACAUUUCUGCUUGGCGGCUGAAAUAGAUUACGUGAUAGUACUUCCCUAACCGAGCUCUUUCAAAAGGAACUCUACUGAUAAUAGAAUGUCGAGCGGUAAGUGUUUGAAAUUUUCGGUACACUGUCUGUUUCACCCAAUAUUAUUUUUUUCAAUUAUGCACUUUCCAAACAUCCCGAGAUGUUAUGCGUAGUUUGCGUGACUUUAGGGGCCUGUUUUCCAAGUGCAUUUAGUGUAGACAAAGGUGGCUAAAGAAAUAUAUAGUUCGGAAGCACAGUGAAUGCACGACGUUUUAUAUUUUAAACAUUGAUGUUAAUGAAGUUUUUCUAAUACACAUUCAAGGUCGAUGGUAAAAGAUGAUGAGUAUAUAAAUAUAUAUAUGAUACAUAAUAUUUAUUUAUUUUAUUUAUCAGAUUUUAUUCUUUAAAUUUAUAAUUGCUAUUGUUAUUUUAACGUUAUAAUUUCAACUAUAUAUUAUGUUAACCAUCUCUAGUCGAAAUACGUCAAAACGCCUAUUUGGUGUCUCACUUCACCUCAAGAAGAAAUUACCGGUUAAUUUUUAUUUUUACUUUACCGUGACAAAAUUGCUAGGCGUUUUCUACAAUACUCGUGGCAUUUAAAUGUGGUAUAUGUACGGACCGAGAUUAUUAUUAUAUAAAAUUUACAGCGGUGUAAUAAUAGCUUUUCGUGACUAAAUUAACCCGCUUUCUUAGACGACUUGGUUUUAAUCCCGAUCAAUCAAAAUUCUCGUUUAUUUUUUCAAAUUUCAACUUAUUUUCAUGAACUUUAAAAGCCAUUUCCCUAAAGUUGACUUUUUCGUUUAGUGAGAGUUUUGAUUUCCAAGUGCAUAUAGAAACCCUUCGCAGUAUAAUUAGAUAGUUACGAGAUAUCGGCGUCUUGUAUUACACGUUGAUGUGCAUAAACUUUCUAGUUUAUUAAAAAUUGCAAAUUGUAUAGCGAUUUAUGUAAAUUUGUUUUAUUGAAGUGCCAUUCAAAAAAUAUAUAUUUGUAUUUAAUGAAAUCAAUGCAAUCAAUU